AUCUCCCGGGGGACCUUGGGGCGCGGCGAGCAGGAGAUGAAAAGCGGCGGCGGGUGGGGCGGGAGCUCUGGCCACCUUCUGAGCUCUGGGCUUCGCGCGGGUUCGCGGCUCCGGGCCGGCGAGAGGCCGCGGGACUGCGCUUCGGCUGUAAACCGCUUUCGGAGCUAAGCGAGCGAGGCGGACGGCGAGCCGGUCCCAACAUGGCCGCAAACUAUUCCGGUCUGAGUACCAGGAAAGAACAUGUCAGAGUAACGACCAAGCCCCAGCCAGGCUUCCUGGAGCGGCUGAGCGAGACCUGGGGUGGGAUGUCCGUGGGGCUCAUGACCUUCCUGCUCUCCUUCUACUUAAUUUUCACCAAUGAGGGAAGAGCAUUGAAGACAGCAACCUCGCUGGCCGAGGGGCUCUCCCUGGUGGUGACCCCAGACAGCAUCCACAGCGUGGCCCCGGAGAACGAGGGCAGGCUGGUGCACAUCAUCGGGGCCCUGCGGACGUCCAAGCUCUUGUCCGAUCCAAACUACGGGGUCCACCUUCCGGCUGUGAAGCUGCGGCGGCAGGUGGAGAUGUACCAGUGGGUGGAAACCGAGGAGUCCGGGGAGUACACCGAGGACGGGCAGGUGAAGACAGAGAGGAGGUACUCCUACAACACUGAAUGGAGAUCGGACAUUAUCAACAGCAGAAACUUUGACCGAGAGAUUGGCCACAAAAACCCCAGUGCGAUGGCCGUGGAGUCAUUCACCGCAACAGCCCCCUUCGUCCAAAUCGGCAGGUUUUUCCUCUCGGCAGGCCUCAUCGACAAGGUGGACAACUUCAAGCCACUGAGCCUGUCCAAGCUGGAGGACCCGCACGUGGACAUCAUCCGCCGAGGGGACUACUUCUACCACAGUGAAAACCCCAAGUAUCCGGAGGUCGGAGACCUGCGCGUCUCGUUUUCCUACGCGGGGCUGAGUGGUGAUGACCCUGACCUGGGCCCAGCUCAUGUGGUCACUGUGAUUGCCCGGCAGCGGGGUGACCAGCUGGUCCCCUACUCCACCAGGUCGGGGGACACCUUGCUUCUUCUGCACCACGGGGACUUCUCGGCAGAGGAGGUGUUCCGUCGAGAACAGAAGAGCAACUCCCUGAGGACGUGGGGCCUGCGGGCAGCAGGCUGGGCGGCUAUGUUCGUGGGCCUCAACCUCAUGACGCGGAUCGUCUACACCCUGGUGGACUGGCUCCCUGUCCUCCGGGACCUGGUCAACAUUGGCCUGAAGACCUUUGCCUUCUGCGUGGCCACCUCGCUGACCCUGCUGACGGUGGCGGCCGGCUGGCUCUUCUACCGGCCCCUGUGGGCGCUCGGCCUCGGCUGCCUGGCCCUGCUGCCCAUCGCCAUCGCGCGGACGCGGGUGCCGGCCAAGAAGCUGGAGUGAGGCGCCCGGCCCCGACGCCGCCUGAGCUCGGGAGCCCGCCCCCCUCCUGACACACUCGGGCGGCUCCCAGGCCGGCGUCCGUCCGUCAGCACCUCCACGCCUUCUCUGGGCGGGCAGCUUUGGUGGCACGAGGGACUCCUGUCUGCAGCGCAACAAGCGUCCGCCCGUGCGCUUCCUCCCCUCCCCUUGGGUCUGUGUGGCCGCUCGCCGAGCUGGUGUCUGCACAGGUGGUGACACUCAGACCUGCCGCCUCACCUGCCUGGCGUCCUUGGAGACAGGGCAGUGGGGGCCAGACCUACCCUGCGCUUAGCACUUGACUGAGAUGGGCGCCUGGGGCCGUGGGGAGGAGGACGGACGCUGCUGGGGCUUCGCAGGGCUGCCGCGGCUCGGUGGCAUCUUCGGAUGCAGCCGCCCCGAAGGCCCGCUCGCACUUCUCGUCAUUGCACUUCCGUGUGGAGCUCCCCCACCUACCCUAAGACUGCGUGGUUACAAGUAAGAUUGAAAAAACAAAACACCUGAGUGAUUCACAUCUGUUACAGGACAUCACCCUUUAGAUCUGUCCGCUGAAGUCAGUUCACAGCACAGAGCGCGCGGGGUGACGCACCUGGUGGAGACAAGCUGCUCUGUCAGUAUUCUGUGUCCCUGGGAAGCUUUCAGGGCUCUGAAACCAGUGUUAGCAAAAGGCCCGCUUUCCCUCCGCGAGAUGAGGGUCUCCACUUGGGGAGAAAGGUGUUUCAUCCUCCGGCAUCAAAACCCACCCUUUACUUGAAGAUGAUUGUGAGUUUUCCAGUUGGUUCUAGGUGGGCUCCCUCGUGGUGACCCCCCCCCCACCCCGUCCACCAGAUCAGGUGUCAAGGCUGCAAGUUGGGACGCUGUCCGGCUGGCCCCUUCCUCACGGGUGUGCUUCUGACACCAGCAUCCGGGCCUCAGCUGGCCACUUGUGGGCGAUGCGUUUCAUGUGUUGAGUGUCCACAGCUACACUUCUAAGUCAAGUCUAUCCACGCGUAAUUCGCGUGGUUUCUAAGUGUCCCAACUCCUCUCACACCGUUUGAAAGACACAGUAUGUUGUAACCUUGAUGUCGUCAAAGAUUCUUUGUACGCCCUUCGUGUUUUUGCUGUAGGAACCAGUUGUGCCUUGCUGGGAGCGGCUGCUUCGUGAAUAAGUAUUUGGUAGUUGAACUGGGCUCGGAACUUCUGAAACUAGAGAUUAGCAAUCUCUCUUGUCCUGGGGUAUUUGCGGUAUAAAUUGAAAUUUUUUGUGUUCAAAACAGCCAGCCCCAGGUAUGAGCUAUCUGGGUUUAAGGACUGAAUUUGUAUUCACUAUUCCUUGUUACAUGAGCAGUUUCAUCUAAUCUCUCAACUCUUAAAGAUGCUUUGAUGGCAAAAUACAAAAUCCUUAUGUUUGUGUGAUUUUUUUUCUAGUACAGAUUUUAAAUUACUGCCAAUUUCAAGUAUCCUCAAAGAACAAAAUAAUGUUAAUAUUUCAAGCCUUUCAAAAAUCAUCAUGAAACUUGUAUUCUUAGUAUUUUUGAUAAAAAUUCAAAAUAAAUUUCUAAACAUCUUUUGAUAAA